AUGUCGUAUGGGUCGAACAUGCUCGUCGACCGACUCAUGUGCUACCUCGACGGCUCCAUCCUGCCCUCGAUGCUCCAUCCGCACAAGGCGUGUGCCAAUCCGGCACCACCGUCUGACUCGCUCCCCUUUCGCCUCGACGGCUUCCGCCUUUCCUUUCAUCGCGAGUCGAGCGUGUGGACCGGCGGUGUUGCGUUCAUCGAGCGGACUGAUCUUGCAGCUGCCGGUGAUGAUGCUGAUGGCGACUAUGUUCUUGGCGUCAUCCAUCGGCUCACAUGGGAUCAGUUUGUUCACGUGGUGAGCGAGGAGAACGACUCGGCACCCGUGCCGAAGAGCCUGACGCCUGCUGCGCUUGUUGAUGCUGGCCUCGAUGGCCUUGAUCUCUUUCCCUCGCGGUGGUACGGCCGCGCGCUGUGUGUCGGCACCUUUGAGGAUGCGCCCAUCGUCACCUUUACCUCGCCCGACGUGGCGAGCUGGGAGCCGCGCAGCCCGUCGGAUGCCUACAUGCGUGUCCUCACGCUCGGCCUCACUGCGCAUCACGCACAGCUCGAUGCAGCUGCAGUCAAAGCAUACUUUGCGCCGCAUGCCCUGCUUCCGGCCAUUGAUGAGGCCAUGGCGGAUCGGGCACACACGCCCAUCGCGCGCAUGUUCACCUACGGCACUCUCCGCGAUGACGACGACUCGGGCGCUCCGUGGACAGCCGAGUGGACAGCCGGCGCUGUCAGCCACGCCGCGCACAUGGAGGGACUCCAGCUGUUCCUGCCUAAGCAUGACGCACCGUAUCCAGGCGCCAUGCUUGUUGACUCGCCCGAGGUUGCUGGCGCCGGCCGUCUCAUGUCGUGGCCCGACCCAGCCACUUGGAGCGCCAAGCUCCACGCUGCCGAUGCCAUCGAGAAGUACGACCCAGACGCUCCUCCCGAGAGCUCAUGGUACCUCCGCCUCGCCCAUCUUGCCACUGUCCCGUCCCUCGGCCGCGGCGUCCGCAUCGCUGCCUGGGUCUAUGUCCUCAACAACAGUGGUGACGACAGCACACGGGUCCUCAUCGACGAUUGGCUCCUUCGGCCACAGCCAAGCGAUGGAUAGCGGCAACGUAGGCGCAGACACAGGGCGGCAAGUCCAGCAGCGACCGAGCAACGCUGGAUAGCGACCGAGCGAGCGCAGACCCAGGGCGGCGAGCGCGAGUGCAAGUGCAAGUGCGACGGCUCUCUCGACACGCAACACCCAGCGACGCCGAGUCAAUGAUAACGACCCCCCUCCUUUUCCUCUUCCAACCAUGGAUCCACC